CAAGAUGGGGGCGCCCAUGGAGUGAGGCGGAAGUAAGCAAGAGGAGGGCCCGUUUUCGGCGACGAUGGGGCAAAGAUGGCGUUUGGUGGUGGCUGCGCUUGUGGGGCUCAUAGCUUCCUCUCUUGGAUUGGCUGCAGUGGCUUUGGAGAGCGAUGGGAAAACCACAGAAAAUGUGUCCAAGGCCUCUCUGUGUUGGCGGACGGAGGACUUUGUGGUGACCCAGCCGUGUUCGCCGUGCUCAAGUUUUGAGGCGGUGGGUGAGCCUUUUGCAGGUCGUAAACGGACCCCUGAGUGCCGUGCAACUGGCUUUAUUGAGCACAUCAGCUGUGGCAAAAAGGAGGAAAUCAAGAGCUGCCGCUCUGCGGAGAUGGAGGCACGCAUCUUCUGGAAGUUCGAGGGUUCCAUGAUCGGCCUGGCUGCCGUCUUUGCCCUGCUGGUGGUAUAUCGGCAGCGCAUGCUUGACCGAAAAGCCCUGGAGAAAGUCCGUAAGCAAAUCGAGUCGAUCUAGCCACGCUCACAUUGACUGCUCGUUCACUAUGAAAGGCGGCAGAUCGAGCCGGAGAAUUUUCUCCGUUGGACUGUGGAGGUGAACGGGAUCCCCUCCCUCCUCGGCGAGAGCUCCCUGUCUGGCCACUUGGGAGCGCAGUUCCCACACUUAAUAGGGACUCCAGGCUCAAACUGGGAGAGCAUAUGAGAGCAGCUACCCACCCCCAGCUGCCCUUGAUGCUCGAACAGAGGACUAUAGUCAUUGCUGUCCACCUUCUUCCACACCAGGUGUCUGUAAUCCACAACAGAUCCAGUCUGGCACACGUUGGGCUUGGAGGAAGCCCUUCUCCUCUGUAGUCCUAUCCCUAUUUAUUAAAACAAAACCACAGAGGAAUCUGGUGGUCGGCCCUACAUUCUGAAAGCAAACGGGGACAAGGAACGGGUCGCCGUAACCCACUUCAUUCCAACCCUCUCCUCUUUGUUGACAUUUGACAAAUGAAAAAGCACACAGGCUUGUGUCCUAGGACCUGCCUGUUCACGUACAGUUAUUUCCAUUCAAUAUAGUAUUUAACGUUCCUGUCAUCGUCAAGUUGUACAAAAUUCAGGGGGAUGAAAAAAGGCUUCCAAUGGAGUGUGAGCGCCCAACCUAAUCAAGGCUUGUUUUAGCCACUAUUUGGAUUGGAGGACCUCUGGGGCAUCUCCUGUACACCACCCUGAUUUCCAUCCUAGAGAGAAGCGGAGAAUACAUGUCACGAUAGGGGGGAGAGAAUCCAGAUUGACCCCCUGAAGCCUGUUGAGAUCCUUGGUUUGGGUGCCAUUCCGGAUGUAGUGAACGAAGGAGAUCUGUUCUGGAAAGUAGCCAAAGGUGGGGGGGGGGUGAGAGAGGGGUGAACGAUGGCAAAGCCCCCCUCCAGUGGCAAAGCCACUCCCUUUAUACAGAACACACGUGUAAAACAAACAGCUCGAGUGGCCCCGUAUCCAUCUGUGGCCUGGCUUCAUUGUGGAAUACGGUGUUUAGUUCUGGUUGCCGUAUAGAAAAAGAUACUUUAGAGCUGGAAAAGAUUCAGAAGAGAGCGACCGAGACAGUUUAAGCAUCGCAGCGUGUUUCCUACAAGCAAAGGUUGGAGAGUCUGAGACUUUUCAGUUUAGAAGAAAGAAGACACGGGGGGGGGGGGGGAGACGGAGAUGGAAGUUUAUAAAAUUAUGCACGGGGCAGGAAGAAUGGACAGAGAGAUCUGCUCCUAAAAUACUAGUACUCAAGGACAUCUAAUGAAGUUGAUGGGCAAUAGAUCCAGGAUGGACAAAAGGAAAUGCCUCUUGACUUCAUGAGUAGUUGUAUUGUGGGGUUCACGUCCAGCGGCCAUAAUGCUAGCUAUUGGCAUGGAUAGCUUUAAAGGGGGUUAGACCAAUUCACAGAGGAGUAGUCUAUCAUUGGCUUCUAUCUGAAGUGACUAAAGGGAACCUCCCCGUCUGGAGGCAGUAAAUGCCUGAAUUCCAGUCCUAGGGAGUGGCCAUUAGGGAAGGUCUCCCUAAUGUUGGCCCUCUGGGGUUAUUCGUUGUCCACCCUGUGAAACAAUAUGUUGGACUCGGGGGACUACUGGUCUGUUCUAGCAGGCCACCACUUAUGCGCUUGAAUGAAUUCUUGGGUGGCCUCAGUUAUGGCGACCACUUUUAUCUGAAGGCCCCCAAAAUUCUAGAGCCAGAAGCGAGCUUGCCGGGUUGUUUCGGUCGUUAAAACUGCCACCCUGCAUCCUUAAGAUACCUGAGAGGCAUGCCUUUGUAUUAAAGAAAUGGUCACGGCCUUAAGACUGAACGAUGCGCCUCAACGUUUUUCUGCUGUUUAAUAAAACUAAGUGGUACUAAAUGACCUUUG